UGUGACACUAAUGAGGAUAUGCAGUCAUCAGUCUGGUCGUAUGGUGGCGCUCUUGUCGUGUUGGACGGUUUAACACAGGCAGGUAGAGAGUCUGGCUAUUUAACCGCUGCUUGGUGCGAUUCAUUCAUUCAUUCCGCUGUGAAACUGGCUGCAGGACACAUGAAGUCUCCAGUACUAUGAUGCCAGUGUGUGUACAACUGCAGAGGAGAGAGAGAGGAGCCGUUUGAUUUUGACGGAACUUGUUCAUUCAUCAUCUUUACUACUUCACUUCUCUGGGAUUGUGUGCCAGGCGCUUCUUCUUUUUUCUCUGAAAGUUUGAUUUCAGAUCAUAAUAAUAAAAUCAACAACAAUACGUAAGAAUACAGAAAAGGAAGGGGAAAUGGAGAUGAAUAACACCGGGUUCAACCAAACGGAGGGCGGACUGUUCAACAAGACAGAGGAGUUCUUCUGCUGCAACUUUUCCUCCGUGGUGACUGAUAAUGGCUUUGUGGCCGCAGCGCCGGAUGAGAGGAGCCUCUUCAUCAUGAGGGUGGUGCAGAUAGCCGUCAUGUGCGUGCUGUCCCUCACAGUGGUGUUUGGCAUCUUUUUCCUUGGUUGCAACCUUCUCAUAAAGUCCGAGGGGAUGAUCAAUUUCUUGGUAACGGACAGGAGACCGUCUAAAGAAACGGAGGCAGUAAUUGUAGGAGCCUACUGAUGGACAAGGACCUUCUAAUGGAGUCGGAUG